AUGGUACGCCCUCGAGCCGUGUCGAACGCUGAAGCUCCGAAAGAACCUCAUGCGGUCUCCUUGAAAGUCUUACGUCUCUCUCGACCAUCGUUGGCUUAUCAAUCCCCCCUCCCAACCGCCAAUACAAAGAUCUCCGCCAAAGCCUCUUUGAGCUUCCCAUCUGCAGACUUUGAUAAUCAAUUCAUUAUCACACCUAUUCUCACCCUCCCACCUGCCUUCGGAUCAGUCUACGUUGGAGAAACCUUUGCAUGUACACUCAGCGCAAACAACGAAAUCAGCGGAGAUGAAACCGGACGAGUCGUCACUUCGGUCCGCAUUGUCGCGGAGAUGCAAACCCCAUCAUCUGUGGCAGUUCUUGAGCUAGACCCAUCGAGUGACUUGGCGCAAUCAGAUGGUCUACAGAUUGGUCAAUCGUUGCAGAAGAUUGUUCGGUAUGAUCUCAAGGAGGAAGGAAAUCACAUACUAGCUGUCAGCGUCAGCUACACAGAGACAAGGAUUGGGCACGACUCUCAAGCUGCUAGUGGUCGUGUCCGGACUUUCCGUAAGCUAUAUCAGUUUGUAGCACAGCCAUGUCUCAGCGUUCGGACUAAAGCAUCGGAACUUCCACCUUUGGAGGUGGACAACAAAUCUCUCGGUCCAUACGGGAAAAGUCGUUUGCUCCGGUUUGCCCUAGAGGCUCAGCUGGAGAAUGUUGGGGACGGCGCAGUGGUGGUCAAGCAAACUAAGUUGAACGCCAAGCCACCGUUCAAAUCUCAAUCCUUGAACUGGGAGACGAUGGGCCCUGACGCUGCGGCGCCUCCCACUCUGAAUCCACGUGAUGUUCUGCAGGUGGCCUUCUUGGUGGAACAGGAGGAAGGCCAACAUGACGGCCUCGAAGCCCUUCAGAAAGAUCUCCGGCGGGAUGGCCGCGCUACAUUGGGCCAAUUGUCAAUUGAAUGGCGCGGUUCUAUUGGAGACAAGGGAUUCCUCACGACAGGCAAUCUGAUGAGUCGGAAACGUACCUGA